AUGAUUCAAAUUUAUUCAUACUUCGAAGCAAAACACUACGAAAGUAGUGAAACCAAUGACUUAGAAAUUGCCUUCAAUGCCCAACUUCUAAUCAAGUACUGCCAAGAAACCAAGUUCGUUGCUUUUCGAGAGUUCAGCGUCCAGGAUGUUCAAGUGCUAGAAGCAGAAGGCAUUAAAGUCAGUCUUAAUGACCUUGAACUAGAAGUUGGUGGGCCGGUUCCGGUCAAAGGAUUCGUGGAGGAUGUAGAGAAAGUUCUUUCGAAGGCUUUGCUUGAAGCUCAAAUAGGCUAUGGCUUCCCACACUAGUUUUUAGAGCAUCCUGGGGCGGAUUACUCGGAUGUAAGGAACGCUUACUUGGAAUUGGUUAGAUGAGAUGGGAAGCUUGAGGGGCGGGACGAAGAAGAAAUUCUGGAGUCAUUUGGAACCACCGGAUACGAAGAACCCGACCGCGCAAGUCCUACUGCCCCGUCCACUAGAACUACAGCUGCUCAAAAGGUCAAACAGACACUACGGAGCACUUCAGAAAACUAUAUUCUGGAAGCCACGGUAAAUUUUAUCAAGGCUAAAAGAUCGACCACUAUUGCAGGACCCGAGUUAACAGCAAGCGUGAUGAAGUUAGUGGGGAGUAUAGAGCUCAAGGUUUGGAGGAAAUACAUAAAGACAGAAACCUUACAAACAAAACCGUGCAACAGCGGAUCAAGGAUGACCGGAAGACGACCCAGUCGGACUUAGCGAAGGUUCUUGGCAACGAUGAAGCAGCGGCUGAAUUUUCUUUGAAGGUGGAUAGAUUCCUCACUAGGGCCUGGGUUAAUAUUGGCUGGUUUUCGUUAAAGUGA